AUGUUUAAGUUAUCUAAUCGUGUUAGAUUUUAUUAUAAAACAUUUUAUUAGCUUCUUGAAGUACCUUAAAAUGCUAGCUAAACUUUAAUAAAAUAAAAUUAUCUUAGAAUUGUGAAAUUAUACCAUCCAGACACAAAUAGUUAAUAAUCAUAAAAUUAGGUAUUUUAUAAAUAAUAAAUUAGGAAUACUUUAAAUAAGUCACAGCUGCUUAUAAAAUAUUGUCAAAUGAAACUGAAAGACAAAAAUAUGAUCAAAGUUUGAGUAAUACAAAUUAGAGUUCCCAAUAAUCAGAAAAUACAUAUCAACAUUCUUAAUAAACCCAAAAAUCAUCAUAAUAAUCAAAAUAAUCAUCCAAUUAAUAAUCUAAGAACUAUUCCUAAUAUUAAAAUUAAACAUAAUCAAAAGAAGAAUAAGAAAAUUUUAUUAAUUCUAAAUACUCUAACUUUAUUCUUUUUCUUUUUUUUACUUGGUUGAGUUAGUAAUUUAAAAAAAAAGAACCAGUUGAUGUUAAAUAAAGCAAUUCUAACCCUAAUAUCUAUGUUUAAAAUGAAAAAAAAUAAUUAUCUGAAGAAGAUUGCAAGUUAAUUAUUUCUGUAAUUCUAGAAAUUUAUCCAUAUCAUUUAUUAAAGAAAAGUCCAAAUAAGGAGAUUAUAUUAUGGGAUAAUUAUGUUAUGACAGAUUAUUUUAAGAUGAAAGAAAAUAAUUGAACAAGAAAAAAAAUCUUGAAGAAGAUGAUUACUUAUUAAAAAGAUUAAAUAUAAAUAAUACAACAGAAUUAUAAUUGAAAAGCCAAAUAUAAUAAGAAGAAAUCAAAAAAGUUUAAAUUAAUUAAGAAUAAAAUUAGUAGGGAUAAUUUUCAUUAAAUUAAGAAAUUAAAUAAACUUUCUAAGAUAUAGAAGUGAAGACAGAUAUAAAAUAAAAUGAAUAAGAGUUAUAAGAGAAUUAGCAUGAGUAGCUAACCUUAUAAUCUUAAGUAACUGAUUUAAAAUAAAAUGAAUUAAUAAUUAAUGAAAAUUAGUAUCAGCAGCAGCUUAUCUUGUAAUCUUAAGAAAUAAAUUAAAACAUAAUUGAAGAUAAAAAUGAAUAAGAAAUUUUAAAAUAAGAAGAAUAAUAAUUAUAAUUUCUAAAUUAAGAAUAAGAAUAAGAACUAAAAGAGUGA